AUGGCUUUGCACAAAACUAUGGUGGAAACAAAUACUUCCGUUUCUGAAUAUGAAUACACAUGGAAGAUAAAGAACUUUUUGAAAUACUAUGAUGUUAUUCGCGGGGUAGAAUUUUCGCCGUUGAAAUCUAUUCCCUUGACACUUGCUUUUGAAAUAAUACCACGUUUAGAUAUACAAUGCAAUACUUAUCUUGGUUAUGAGAUAAAUAUGAUUAAGUUAUCGAAAGAGGAAGUUCCUAAAACCUGCAGAUUUGCUAUCAAAGUGAAAGUUAGCAGUGGUUCUAGUAAUGAUACUACUACAACUGCAUUGUCAUAUCUUGGUGGACCAAGGACUGUUCACGAUUUAGCGGAUUCCACUCGUCUUUACAUGGGUAAGCUGAAUAUCCAUCGUAAUAUUUUAUAUGUACAUUCUGCUGAUAUUGAUGUUGCUUCGGACGUAACUUUUCUGUUCACUUUAACUUUUUUUGGCCAUAAUAUAACUACCAUAACAACUACAGAUCCCGUGUUAAAAUUGCCAGACGAAAAAUACGGCAAUGUUUGCCGGGCUCUUAAAACUCUGUACGAGUCUAAGACAAAUACUGAUAUAAGUUUUGAAAUCGGCGAAAACACUAUAAAAGCACACCAGUGCAUUCUAGUGGCUCAAUCACCAGUUUUUAAAAGAAUGUUCGAGAACAAUUUGAUUGAAUCUAAGUCCAGAUGCAUUCAAAUCACUGAUUUUGAUGCCCGUACAUUUGAUUGUUUUUUGAAAUACCUCUAUUGUGGCGAUAUGGACGAUAAAAGUUUGGAUAUAGUGAUGAAUCUCUUUGCUCUGGGCGAUAAAUAUAGUGUUGAAGGUCUCUUGAAAGAUUGUGGGGAUAUACUAGCUGACAGCUUAACUGUUGACACUGUUUGCAGAAUUAUUGUGCUCUCUUAUUUGCAUAAUGAUGAAACACUAAAGGAGAAAUGUAUGCAGUUUUUAAAUCACAAUUUACUUUCGGUUAUUAAGAAGAAAUCUGAAUGGACGGAACUUAUAAACGAUUAUCCUAAACUGGCCUCAGAAAUUUUUUGCUCAAUGACUGCUUAUUUGGAAUACAUGUAA